AUGCCUGGAACUCCGUCUGCUGCUUCUUCGUCAGUGCCUUUCCUCCCUGGAAUGGAACGGCCGCCUCGGAUCCCGUCGCCCACGACACCUGGUCUGCCGCCUAUGCCUUCCUCUCCUUGCCUACUUCCUGCUGUACACCGUAGCCCGGAGACGCAUGCCUUCCUGGAGACGCGCCGGAGACGCUUCAUCUAUGUUGCCGGUUGCAGUCCUCCGGUGACCACGCCUGCUCCUGGACCUUCCAGACCCAUCGCUCCACGACGGCACUUGUCUGUGUCUGCCACGCCUACUGGACCUCCGAUGCUCCAAAGUGGAUCCCUGCACCAGAUGCUGGCCCAAAUCACCGCCAGAACACUUGCAAAGUCUCGGGUCUCACACAUUUCUACAUCUCCUGGGUCUUCGUCUGAGACUCAUGCUCCUGUGGUACUGUCCAAGACCUCCUCUACCUCUGCUUCUUCUUCACCGGAUACGAAUCCUGCCAUCGUCACCAGUGGUGCCUCCUCGUUUCCCUGCAACAUCUGUAACAGGAAAUUCUCUCAGCGUCGUCGCCUUAAGAAACACCGCAGGACUCAUAACAUCCGGCCACCACUCCAUCCUCCUCUUCAGGAAUCUACUUCAUUGGCUUCUCAGAUUGCCCCUGAUGCUUCGACGACAGAUUCAUCAGUUGGACACCACACACGUGCUCGUCUUGCCGCCGGCCAUUCUUGUGCCACGGAUAUCACUUUUCCUCCUCCCGGCGAGAUCCUACCUUUUGCCACGGCUCUGCAGACCCGAUCCUUAGACACAUCGGUCAACGUCCAUUCUGGGAAUCCUCUCCCUUCAUCGAUUCAGCCUGUCCUGCCUCCCACGUGUUCCGCUGAAGUCUCGUCGAUGUCCUCUGCUUCCUCCUCGCCUGUGCUCUGCAUCGACACAUCCCCUCUGCCUUCUGAGCCUGCUACGCCUGACGUGCCUGCGCCGACUACUACCCUGUCAUCGCCUCCCCGCGUUGAAUCUCCUGAGGAUGUCCACCCAGACCGCCCUCCUUCUGUGGCUGAUGACUCCGCCAGUGACAUCCCUCCUUCGUCUUGUCGUCGCGGCUCAAUUGUUCAUCUUGUAUUUCCGGUUCUGGACACUCUUCCCUGCACCGAGCCACACUGCUUCAGGACUUUCCACUCCCGGCAAUGGACCCAGUUGAGACACUCUCUAUGUCGGCACCUUCAUUAUGCCCAUGGGAUCGACGUCUCCAGGACUAAGAACUGGUGUUCUCACUGCAGUUCACCCAUCGCCAUGAAAGUUUUCGUGCCACCCGUGUUUCAAGACCCGCCCUCCCCUCUUUCCGUCUGGUAUUUCCCAUAG